CAACCAUUCUAGACAUACCCUUCUCGAGAUACUGUCUUCUUCAAACUCCUAAGCUGACUGGAUCCAGCUUAAAGAACUAUGCUUUUAUGAACCUACUUAUAUUUUAAGAUUGGCUCGGAUGACGUUGAUUGACUCAACAUGAAAUACAACUGCCUGUGGCAUGGAGUUGGAGACCAGCGAUCAAGCUGUGGUUAUGAGAGAUGACAACAAGCGACGCAGGAGGAGGAGGAUGAAGCCCUACUGUACAGCCAACACGUUGUCGUCGACAGAACUCAUCUCUAUCGAGUUUGUUUUCCCCACAACUAGCAUCGUACUCGACAUCCCCACCAACUGCACGGUGGAGCAGAUGAAAACCCAGGUCUGGAUGCGGGCAGUGGAAGGCCACCAGACCUCAGACCUCUUCCGCAAGAUCACGCCGGAUCAAUUUCUCCUCCUGUAUCAGAAGAAGGGCCAGUGGUACGAAAUCUACGACAAGUACCAGAUCAUACAGACCCUGGAUUGUAUCUUAUAUUGGAAAGUCCUGCAGAAGAAAGUGGGCAAGAUUCACGUGGUCGAGAAGCCCAAUCCCUCCGAUGAAGUGCAAGACUUUCAAAAUCAGCUCAAUUAUUUGAUUGGCUACGACGUCACUGACGUGAGCAACGUGCAUGACGAUGAACUCGAGUUUGCCCGCCGUAGGCUGGUCACUCCGCGGACAAUUGAAGUCUCCUGCCGUGAUCCAAAAUUGUAUUCCAUGUCCCCUUGGACCACAUCCAAGCCCCUUCCGGAGUACUUGCUGAGUAGAAUUGCCAACAGUAAUAUUUUUAUCAACAUCCACAGAGGAACCACCAGCCAGAAGAUUAAAGUGGCGGUGGAUGAUACGCCAGACGUCAUCCUCCAGAGCUUCUUCACGAAAAUGGCAAAGAAGAAGUCUUUGAUGAACAUUCCUGAAGACUACAGUGAGCAGGAUUUUGUCCUGCGAGUGAGUGGCCGAGAUGAGUACAUUGUAGGAGAGACACCCAUCAAAAACUUCCACUGGAUAAGACAAUGUCUGAAAAAGGGGGAUGAAAUCCAUCUGGUGCUAGAUGAACCACCGGACUCGAACCAAGAUGAAGUUCAGAAAGAAGAAUGGCCGUUGGUUGACGAUUGCACCGGAGUUUCGGGAUAUCACGAGCAGCUCACCAUCCACGGCAAAGACCAUGAAAGGGUGUUCACCAUAUCCUUGUGGGAUUGCAACCGUAAGUUCAGGGUCAAGAUCAUCGGGAUUGAUAUCCCCAUCUUACCGAGAAACACGGACCUUACGGUCUUUGUGGAGGCAAACAUUCAACACAGCCAACAGCUCCUCUCCCAGAGGAGAACAACCGCUAAGCCGUUUACUGAAGAGGUUCUGUGGAACGUUUGGCUUGAGUUUGACAUCAAGAUCAAGGACCUUCCAAAAGGAGCGUUGCUCACCCUGCAGAUAUAUUGCGGCAAAACUCCCCUACCAUCCACCAAGGGUAACCUCCACCCUCAGGACUCGCCCUCUACCGACCCCAAAUACAAAACUCAGCUUCUCUACUACGUCAACCUUUUGGUGAUAGACCACCGCUCUCUGCUCAGGACGGGGGACUACGUCCUUCACAUGUGGAAAAUCCCAGGCAAGGGGGAAGAGCAAGGAAGCAUCAAUGCGGAUAAACUGACCUCGGCCACCAACCCGGAUAAAGAAAACUCCAUGGCUAUUUCGAUCGUUUUGGACAAAUACUGUCACCCCAUCGCCUUGCCGAAACACAAGAUUGCAUCUGAUCCCCCGGAGGGCAGGGCCAGAGUUGAAAUGCCAAACCAGCUGCGCAAACAGCUGGAGGAGAUCAUAGCUACUGAUCUGCUCAACCCACUCACCCCUGAAGACAAGGAAUUAUUGUGGCACUUCAGGUAUGAAAGCAUAAAGCACCCCAAGGCCUACCCUAAGUUGCUCAGCUCAGUGAAAUGGGGAGAGCAGAAACUAGUUACCGAAACUUACCAACUGCUAGCAAAAAGAGAGGCCUGGGACCAGAGCGCUUUGGAUGUCGGCUUGCCCAUCCAGCUUCUGGAUUGCAACUUUUCGGACGAAACUGUGAGAACAAUGGCGGUGCAGAAGUUGGAAGGCUUAGAAGACGAUGGUGUUCUUCACUACCUCUUGCAGCUGGUGCAGGCAGUCAAAUUUGAGCCUUACCAUGACAGUGCCCUAGCUCGAUUUCUUCUAAAGCGCGGUUUGAGGAACAAGCGGAUCGGACACUUCCUGUUCUGGUUUCUGAGAAGCGAGAUUGCUCAAUCCAUGCACUACCAGCAAAGGUUUGCCGUGAUCUUAGAAGCCUAUCUGAGAGGUUGUGGCAAAGCAAUGCUGAAGGACUUCCUCAGGCAGGUCCAAGUGACAGAGCUGCUGCACAAGGUCACCAGGGAGAUCAAGGCCAUUUCCGCGGAGAAGUACGAUAUCACCCCUCAAGUCAUCGCACAGCUCAAACAAAAACUCGAGAGGCUACAGGACAACAAGUUUCCAGAAUGUUUUAGAGUUCCCUAUGACCCUGGAUUGAAAGCAGGAGCACUGAUGAUCGAAAAAUGUAAAGUAAUGGCCUCCAAGAAAAAACCUCUGUGGCUAGAAUUCAAAUGUGCGGAUCCAACCUCUCUGUCCAGCGAAACCAUUGGCAUCAUCUUCAAACACGGUGAUGAUUUGAGACAGGAUAUGCUCAUUUUACAGAUACUUCGAAUCAUGGCAUCAAUAUGGGAAGAAGAAUCCUUAGAUUUGUGUUUAUUACCCUAUGGAUGCAUUUCGACAGGGAAUAAAAUAGGAAUGAUUGAAAUCGUAAAGGAUGCUAAUACAAUUGCCAAAAUCCAACAAAGCACAGUUGGGAACACUGGAGCCUUUAAAGAUGAAACAUUAAACCAGUGGCUUAAGGAUAAGUGUGUAAUUGAAGAAAAGUUUCAGUCAGCCGUGGAGCGGUUUGUGUAUUCUUGCGCAGGCUAUUGUGUGGCAACCUUCGUACUUGGAAUAGGAGACAGGCACAACGACAACAUUAUGAUCACAGGAUCAGGUAAUCUCUUUCAUAUUGAUUUUGGCCAUAUUCUUGGAAACUACAAAAGUUUCCUUGGAAUAAAUAAGGAAAGAGUUCCUUUUGUCUUGACACCCGAUUUCCUUUUCGUCAUGGGGACGUCAGGGAAGAAAACAAGCCUGCGCUUUCAGAAUUUUCAGGAUAUUUGCGUCCGAGCUUACCUCGCUCUUCGGAAACACACCAAUCUCCUCAUCAUCCUCUUUUCGAUGAUGCUGAUGACAGGGAUGCCGCAGCUCACCAGCAAGGAGGACAUUGAAUACAUCCGCGAUGCACUGACGGUCGGCAAACAUGAAGAGGACGCUAAGAAGUAUUUUCUAGAUCAGAUCGAAGUUUGUCGGGACAAAGGCUGGACUGUCCAGUUUAACUGGUUCCUCCAUCUUGUGCUCGGAAUCAAACAAGGUGUUGAAAAGCACUCUGCCUAAAUAGGGCAUUGCGGUACAGGGUGUCCUUAAUGUACGGCCACCAUGGAGCCCAAAAUUUCAGUUGCUAAGCAAGACAGUUGCUAAGUGAGCUCUGCCCCAUUUCACCACCUUUUGUUCUGACGCAGCUCCCCAAACACGACAAACUCUCUGAAGUUAACUCAAAGAUUCCUUUAUUAGGAGUCCUGGCAGCCCCGGCAAAAAGUUUCUCUCUCACCGCAAGGUAAUAAGUCUGUCUGGCAGGCAGAUGAAUAUUGUCUGCCACAUCU